AAUAUGAUAUUUUCAGCGUUAGAAAUAUUCAAUUUUCACUACCUAACAUUCUAACCACAAAAAUAGAUAAAUUGACUAAACUUGUUUUCAAACAAGGCUUUAACCUCUUUUGUAGCAACCAUUUCGGCUAUUUGUCUGACAACAAUUCCCAAAAAAAUGCCACCCAAAUUUACCACUAUACCCCGGAAUUCCCAUGCCCAAACUAUGCACAACAGUCCAAGAAAACAUCCUAGUUAACUAACAUAACAGAUUUUUGAACUUACAAUCCAAAAUAAACAACAAAAAAAAAUCGUGUGAAAAUCUGCAGUAAAGAGUGAUGGAAGAAGAUGAAAACAAGACAUACAUGACAAAAUCAGAAAGAAAAGAUCUGGGGCUCUCCUGCAUGCUGAACGCGGAGGUGGGAGCUCUCCUCGCCGUGAUCCGCCGCCCACCGGAGUCGAACUACCACCACCCCGACGACACCUGCGACGCUUCCAUUCUCCAAUCUCUCAAAUCCCUCCGAGCCCUUCUCUUCAAGCCUCAACAGGAAUGGCGGACGAUCGACCCAUCAGUCUACAUGUCGCCGUUCCUUGACGUGAUACAGAGCGACGACAUCCCGGCUUCCGCAACUUCCGCCGCCCUCCAGUCCGUCCUCAAGAUCCUCCGCCUCGGCAUAUUCGACGAGAAGACUCAGGGCGCCAGGGAGGCCAUAAAUUCCGCCGUCAAUGCCGUCACCAGCUGCCGCCUUGAGAAAACCAAUCCUGUGACGGAGGACGCUGUGAUGAUGCGGAUUCUGCAAGCCCUCACCGCCGUCAUGAGGCACCGCACCUCCAUCCUGCUCACCGACCACUCCACCUGCACGCUCGUCAACACAUGCUUCCAGGUAGUUCAGCAGACGGCCAACCGCGUGGAUCUGCUCCAGCGCUGCGCGAGGUACACGAUGAACGAGCUCAUCCAGAUCAUAUUCUCGAGGUUGCCGGACAUCGAAGUGAAGGACUGGGAGAAUUCGGAGUCAGACACAGAAGACAAUGAUGUCGACUCUGGCUAUGGUAUCGGCUCUGCAGUCGACAUCUUCCACUUCCUCUGCUCCCUACUCAAUGUGGUGGACAUCAUGGACGCGGAUGGGGUGAUGUACCAGACGACGGACGAGAACACGCAGGUCUUCGCGUUGUAUCUCAUAAACUCCGCGAUAGAACUGAGCGGGGACAGCAUUGGGAAGCAUCCCAAGCUCCUGAGAAUGAUCCAGGAUGAUCUGUUCCACCAUCUGAUCCACUAUGGUGUCUCGUCGAGCCCUCUGGUCCUGUCGAUGAUCUCGAGCACUGUUCUCAACCUCUAUCACUUCCUCCGCAGGUCCAUACGUCUCCAGCUGGAGGCCUUCUUCUCCUUCGUGCUGUUCAAGGUUGCGACGCCAGCAAGCUCCGUCCAGCUCCAAGAAGUUGCAGUGGAGGCCAUCAUAAACUUCUGCAGGCAACCAAAUUUUGCAAUGGAAGCUUAUGUGAAUUACGACUGCGACACGAGUUUCAGGAAUGUGUUCGAAGAGACAGGAAAGCUUCUCUGCAAGUACGCGUUUCCAACAGGUACCUACCUAACAAGCACUCAGAUUCAGGCAUUUGAAGGGCUGUCGGUGAUUUUUCACUACGUUGCUGAUAAUAUUGAUAGAGAAGACGACACCAGCCCAUCUGGACCGUAUCCAGUCGAGAUCACCGAAUUCAGGCCUUACUGGGAGGAGAAGGUGAAAGGGGCCGAUGUCGAGGAUUGGAUUGAUCAUCUCAGGUUCAGAAAAGUGCAGAAGAGGAAGAUACUGAUCGCAGGGAGUCAUUUCAAUAGAGAUGAAAAGAAGGGAUUGGAUUACCUGAAGAAAUCCGGGCUGACAUCGGAUCCGCCUGACCCCAAAGCCUAUGCUUAUUUCUUCCGAUACACUCCCAAGCUGAACAAGACGAUGAUAGGUGAUUAUCUCGGUGAUCCUGAUGCAUUCAACGUUCAAGUUCUGAGAGAAUUCACAAACACAUUCGAGUUCACUGGGAUGAAUCUAGACAGUUCUCUUCGAACUUACCUCGAGAGCUUCAGAUUGCCAGGUGAGUCUCAGAAAAUCCAAAGGGUUGUGGAGGCAUUUUCCGAGCGGUUCUAUGAUCAACAAUCCUCGGAUCUGUUCGCCAGCAAGGACGCCGUCAUGAUCUUCUGCUACUCGAUCAUCAUGCUGAACACGGAUCAGCAUAACCCGCAGGUGAAGAAGAAGAUGACAGAGGAGGACUUCAUCAAGAACAACCGAUCAAUCAAUGGAGGAAACGAUCUCCCUCGGGAAUACCUCUCCGAGCUUUUCCAAUCCAUUGCAACAAACGCAAUCAAGAUGGAUGAUACUAACACAGUUGUGGAAAUGAAUCCCAACAGAUGGAUCCAGCUGAUAAACAGGUCCAAGAUUGCCCAACCGUUCAUCCAAUGCGAUUUUGAUCGUAGAUUGGGGAGGGACAUGUUCGCCUCCAUUGCGGGCCCAUCAGUGGCAACAGUUGCUGCAGUGUUCGAACACUCUGAUGAAGAAGAAAUGCUCAACGAUUGCAUUGAGUCGUUGUUCUCGAUUGCUAGAAUAUCUCAGUAUGGACUAGAAGACACUCUGGACGAGUUGAUUUGCUCGUUCAGCAAAUUCACCACAUUGUUGAACCCUUACGCCUCGGCAGAGGAGACUUUGUACGCCUUCAGCCACGACAUGAAGCCGAAGAUGGCGAUUCUAGCAGUUUUCACCAUCGUCAACGCUUUCAAAGACUCAAUCAGAGGUGGGUGGAGAACCAUCAUCGAGUGCCUAUUGAAGCUCAAGAGGCUGAAACUACUCCCACAGUCAAUCAUGGAGCCUGAAAUGGCUCCAAAAUCAGUCCCAAAACCGGACUCCGCUGUCCUUGUACCUAGCAACGAUCCCAAGUUCUCCAAGAAACGCCAGAGCUCCGGCAUAACUGCUAAAUUUCUAAACUUCAUGUCGAUGGAGAAUGUGGAAGAAGCUCUAAAUCAAGGCCUGAGUGAAUUUGAGCAGAAUGCAACCAUCAUUCAACAAUGCCAAAUCGGAAGCAUCUUCAGCACUAGUUCAAAUCUACCCGAGGAGUCUCUGCUGAAUCUGGGGCGCUGCAUCAUAUUCGCUGCAGCUGGAAAAGGGCAGAAGUUCAGCACCCCGGUGGAGGAGGAGGAGACAGUAACAUUCUGCUGGGAGCUCAUCAGCUCCAUGGCUCUGGCCAAUAAACACAGAGUGUCGACAUUUUGGCCUUACUACCAUGAUUACUUGCUGGAAGUGACGCAGUUUCCUCUGUUUUCGCCAAUUCCAUUCUCUGAGAAGGCGAUAGUAUCCCUGAUGAAGAUGUGCCUGAAGCUUCUGGCCUCGGAUCAAUUCCUAGAUGGGGCAGAGGAGCUCAUUUUCAAGUCGAUCAACUUGAUGUGGAGGAUGGAGAAGGAGAUCCUCGAAACCUGUUGCGAGUUCCUGUUGCAGGCUGCGAGCAAGAUCAUCACGGAUUAUCCCAGCAAAAUGCAGACGCAGCUUGGAUGGAUGUCCGUCCUGCACCUGCUGUCUGUCACGGGCCGGCACCCAGAAACCUACGACCAGGGUGUGGAGACCCUGAUCCACCUGAUGUCGGAUCAGAACCACAUAACACGCACCAACUACACCUACUGCAUUGACUGCGCCUUUGCCUUUGUGGCGCUCAGGAACAGCCGAGUAGACAAGAACAUCAAGAUCAUGGAUCUGCUGGCAGAAUCGGCCAGUUUAUUAGUCGAGUGGUACAAAGGCGGAUACUCGGAUCCAGGGAGCAGCAUGGGCGUCGGAAACAAUGGAAAUAGCCUCUCAGUCGAGGAGAGCUCGAGAAUCUACAACCCCAUCAGCUUCUUCCAGAGGCUCGGGGAGUCCCUGAAGAAGACGAGCCUAGCCAGGCGCGAGGAAGUAAGGAACCACGCAGUUCUAUCUCUUCAGAGAAGCUUCUUGCUUGGAGAGGACCUCUUGUUCACUCCCACAAGCUGCAUCAACUCCUUCUACAACAUCAUCUUCGCCAUGGUAGACGACCUGCACGAGAAGAUGCUGCAGUACUCCAGGCGGGAGAAUGCAGAGAGGGAAACGAGAAGCAUGGAAGGCACGCUCAAGCUGUCCAUGGAGGUGCUGUCACAUUUGUACCUGCAUUUUUUGAAACCGAUUUCGGAGAGCAAUAAUUUCAGGACGUUCUGGCUAGGAAUCCUUCGGAGAAUGGAUACGUGCAUGAAGGCUGACUUAGGAGAGUAUGGGGAAUCAAAGCUGCCGAAUAUAAUUCCGGAGCUGUUGAAGAAUAUGGUGAUGAGCAUGAAGGAACAGGAUAUUUUGAAGAUCACAGAUGAAGAUGAUUUGUGGGAUAUAACAUUUUAUCAGAUACAAUGGAUAGCUCCAGCUCUCACAGAUGAGCUGUUUCCUGAGGGAGUCAAAAACAAUGAUUAGAUUACAUAUUUUCUAACAAAUCAUUGAUACCAAACAAUUUAUUUCAAUCACAGAUAGUGCUUUGUAUCAAUAAGAGUGAGCAACAUGCACAAAUCGAAAAGAAAUAGUUAGCUAGUACAGUAUUUAGUUUCAAUUUACUAUUAUUGUUUGAGUAAUACUGAAUAGCUGUAUAAAAUUUUGAUUACACAAUGAGGACUUCAAAAGUCAAUUUUGUCUUCAGCUGGCUUAACAAUCGCAUGGAGAUUUCAAAUUUUGUAUGAAUAAAUAUAUAAAUGCAACAGAUGUGUGAUAGAUUUAUAUUGACAUAAUGUUCUGUAUUAAUAUGAAAAUAAUCUUUUAUAGAAAGUGCAUGAUGCUAAUUUAUAGUAUAAAAUUAUUUUGUACUUGAACUCCAAAUCCUGGCUCCAUCUGUAGUUGAAAAUAGUUGUCCAACAUAUGAAAGAACUUCCAAACUGUCAUUUUCAUCUAAUGAAAAUAACUUCAAAAGGAACGCCAUGAAAUAUCCAUCAAAGAUGCACAUUCCCUAUGAGCUCCUGACUCCUGUACAUUCAGAUGCACGGUGCAUCCACCAUAUUAAAUCCUUAUUAUGAUUAAUAAAUCUUAAUUGGAUUUAAUUUGGGUGGCCAUGCAUCCGAAUGCACAUAAAUUUUUAUCGUAGAACAACCUGAAACAUGCAGAGCCAAUGAUACCAAAAACCCCAGUGCAAACAUAUCAAAAUUCUGCCAGGCUGAGUCUAACUCGAAAGGAAUUGCAUCUUAGGAAACAAUUUUCACAAUAUGCAGUUUCAACUAACUAUAGCGAAUUCAUUUUAGCUACAACACCUGAUCAAAGCUUCACAAACGACACACAAGUUACGUUCUGAAUAAAUGCCAUGUAAGCAGUCAAGUCAAGUGAAAUUUUGACUACAAAGAAAGGGUCCUCUGGCAUUUCUCUUUCGGUGAAUUAAGAAUGCUUGCUGCCUAUGUUACACCCAAGUAACAAAAGUACCAACCUCUUAAUCCUUAAAAUUAGACAUAUUGAUAUUACCUAUUUACUUAUUUAUUUUUAUUUAUAAUUAUCUUCAGUUAAUUAAAUAUGAGCUGGUAAAUAUGUUCACU